UUUCACUGCAGAAAACUUCCCACAGACUGGGAACAACCCAAUUUUACAAUGAAGUGCUUUCUGGGUAUACUUCUUGCCUUUGGAAUCUUGGUGACACUAUGCGAUGCGUUCUGUUUUUAUGUACGAAAUGACCCAUUGGAAUCUACCAAAGGUUGUAGUCAAGAUGGAAAGCUGCAUGGAUUUGGUACCUCUUGGACUGCAAAUUGCAACAGAUGUCACUGCAGCCAGGAUGGAAUAAGCUGUUGCUCAUUCUACCGUUCGCCUGGGGAUUAUGACAGGGAAAAAUGUGAAAGCAUUUUCAACAAGGAAACCUGCAGCUUCAGCUUGGUGGAGAAGGCCGACCCUUCAAAAGCCUGCAAGUGCAGCCAGGCUUCUCUCACACACAGCUGCCACCUGAUUGACUGCAAGAUCCGGCAGCUACCCAGAUCCAGCAUUCUACUCUGUUUGCACAUGCCAGAUGACAGGCUUCCUUCUGACCCACGAUUCUUUGAACACUGA